AUGCCUUAUUAUCAGCAUCUCCUUGUUGCCGCCAUCAUCGUUGUUGCCAGUAAACUAGGAGAUGGCCUAUGCCGUCCAGACGAGAAGGCCGCUCUGAUCCGCCUCAAGAAGAGCUUUCGCUUCGACCAUGCGCUUUCAGAGCUAUCCUCCUGGCAGGCGAGCUCUGAAUCCGACUGCUGCACCUGGCAAGGCAUAACAUGCGGUGAUGCCGGCACACCAGAUGUCCAGGUGGUUGUUUCACUGGACCUCGCCGAUCUCACCAUCUCCGGUAACCUCAGCUCUGCUCUAUUCACGCUUACAUCCCUUCGCUUCCUUAGCCUUGCCAACAAUGACUUCACGGGAAUCCCUCUGCCAAGCGCCGGCUUUGAGCGGCUCAGCAACCUCACCUACCUUAACCUCUCCAGUUGUGGCUUCGUCGGCCAAGUGCCCAGUACCAUUGCCCAGCUUCCCAACUUGGAGACCCUUCAUAUCUCCGGUGGCUUCACCUGGGACGCUCUAGCGCAACAAGCAACUCCCUUCCUAGAGUUAAAAGAACCUACUCUUGGCACACUGAUCACCAACCUGAACAGCCUCCAGAGGCUAUACCUCGAUUACGUUAACAUUUCAGUUGCUAAUGCUGAUGCUCAUUCCAGUUCCAGGCAUCCCCUCCGAGAGCUGAGGCUAUCAGACUGCUGGGUCAACGGGCCUAUUGCAUCUUCCCUUAUUCCAAAGUUAAGGUCACUAUCAAAGCUUAUAAUGGACGACUGUAUAUUUAGCCAUCCAACAACAGAAUCCUUUACUGGGUUUGACAAAUUAUCUUCCUUGCGGGUUCUUAGCCUCAGGAACUCUGGGCUGAUGGGAAACUUUCCCUCAUCAAGGAUAUUUUCCAUCAAGAGCAUGACAGUGCUAGACUUGUCAUGGAACACCAUACUGCAUGGGGAGCUGCCUGAGUUCACGCCAGGCAGUGCUUUACAGAGUUUGAUGCUUUCCAACACAAUGUUCUCUGGAAACAUACCAGAAUCUAUAGUCAACCUCAACCUCAUUACACUGGACCUUUCCAGUUGCCUCUUCUAUGGAGCUAUGCCGUCCUUUGCUCAAUGGACGAUGAUUCAGGAGGUGGAUUUGUCAAAUAACAACCUUGUUGGAUCAUUACCUUCGGAUGGGUACAGUGCACUAUAUAACCUCACUGGGGUUUAUCUCAGCAACAACUCACUCUCUGGCGAGAUACCUGCAAAUUUGUUUUCCCACCCUUGUUUGCUAGUGUUGGACCUCAGGCAAAAUAAUUUCACUGGGCACCUACUGGUGCAUCCAAAUGCAUCUUCCAGUUUGCAGUAUCUUUUUCUAGGUGAAAAUAAUCUGCAAGGGCCGAUUCCAGAGUCAUUGUCCCAGCUUUCAGGGCUCACAAGGUUGGAUCUCUCAUCCAACAAUCUCACAGGUACCAUGGAUCUAAGUGUGAUCAAGAAUUUGAGGAACCUCUCUCUUCUCUACCUAUCGGACAACAAGUUGUCUAUUCUUGAGAAAGGUGAUGCUAGAUCUUAUGUUGGAUAUCCCAAUAUUGUGUCCUUGGGGUUGGCAUCGUGCAACUUAACAAAGCUGCCUGCAUUCUUGAUGUAUCAGAAUGAAGUUGAACGGUUGGACCUCUCAGACAACAGCAUUGCUGGGCCCAUACCUGAUUGGAUUUGGAGGGCUGGAGCAAACGAUUUCUACUACAUCAACCUCUCCCAUAAUUUAUUCACCAGUAUCCAGGGGGACAUCUUAGCACCCUCAUAUCUCUACCUAGAUCUCCAUUCUAACAUGAUUGAGGGCCAUCUCCCAGUUCCCCCACUGAACACUUCGUUCUUGGACUGCUCCAACAACCAUUUCACUCACUCGAUUCCAACAAAGUUUCUGUCAGGCCUGACUUAUGCGAAUUUCCUGUCAUUAUCAAACAAUAUGCUCACAGGAGACGUCCCACCUAUGAUUUGCAACACAAGCAAUCUCGAAGUCCUUGACCUUUCUUUUAACAGUUUGGGUGGCUCAAUACCACCCUGUCUGUUACAGGAGACCAAGAACAUUGCUGUGUUGAACUUGAGAGGCAACAAUUUCCAGGGAUCACUGCCCCAAAAUAUCAGCAAAGGAUGUGCACUCCAGACAGUAAAUAUCAAUGCCAACAAGCUGGAGGGGAGGCUGCCGAAGCCUCUGGUCAACUGUAAGAUGCUAGAGGUUCUAGAUGUCGGGGACAACCAGAUGUCAGACACUUUUCCAGACUGGUUAAGAGACCUCACUCAGUUGAGAGUGCUUGUUCUGCGAUCAAAUAGAUUCCAUGGCCCCAUUUCCAUCGGUGAUGGAACAGGUUUCUUUCCAGCAUUGCAAGUCUUUGACAUAUCUUCGAACAGUUUCAAUGGUAGUUUACCAGCACAGUGCUUGGAGAGACUGAAAGCAAUGAUUAACUCUUCCCAAGUCGAAAGCCAGGCUCAGCCAAUUGGGUACCAGUAUUCAACUGACGCAUACUACGAGAACUCUGUCACCGUGACAUUCAAGGGACUGGAUGUGACGCUUGUAAGAAUCCUGUCAACCUUCAAAUCCAUUGAUGUCUCAAAAAAUAGCUUUGAUGGUAUCAUACCCAGUGAGAUUGGCAAACUCAAGCUUCUCAAAGUGCUCAACCUAUCAAGGAACUCAUUUGCUGGUGGAAUCCCCUCCCAGAUGUCAAGCAUGGUACAGCUGGAAUCACUGGACCUCUCUCACAACCGCCUCUCAGGGGACAUCCCUUCGAGCCUGACAUCCCUUACUUUUCUUGAGGUCCUGGACCUCUCUUACAAUCAUUUAUCUGGGCCAGUUCCACAGUCUGGUUAG